AUGAGGAUGAGAAAGAAAAAGAGAAAAGGCAAAGCCAAUCCAGAAACUUCUAGAGAGAUAUCUAAUUGGAUUCCAUCAUUCCAUAGCUAUGAAGAUUUCAACCGUCUGACACUACACUCAUUAGAUGGCUUUAUGAUAAUAGUGAGCACAGAUGGAGUGAUAAUUUACGUGGCUGAAAACAUCUCAUCUCUCCUUGGCCACCUACCAGAUGACAUCGUAGGUAAAAAAUUAUUAAGCCUUCUGCCUGAUGAAGAGAAAAAUGAAGUCUACCGAAAGAUUGCUAUCAAACUUCCUUUAUCAAUGUCAGGAAAACAUAUUAAUUUUUGCUGUCAUUUAAAAAGAGGAGAUGCUGAGCAUUAUAGUCACCCUGCUUAUGAAUGUGUGAAAUUCCUCCUGACUAUAAAAGAUAUUUCUGAUGAGCCUUUGGCGCUCCUCCGCAGCUUCUUCCCCAGCCAGCCGUCUUCUGCGGAGUUGCCUUUGGAGGAUCGCUUUUAUCUGGUGGGGACCGUUUGCAUGCUCAGGGCUCAGAUUCUACGGGAACUUUUCGCCAUAAAGGAGGCGGGGAAAGAUGGUCCGCCUAUGCUUUCAGAUUCCCCUGAGGGUCAUCUCUCUUCAGACCACAGAAGUGUCCAAGGCCAAAGAAGAAGUUCUAGAAUGGGACUCCUGAAUGCUGAACCUGAUGGCCCUGCCUCAGAAGAUCAAGUUAACACAGUCGCAGUCGAGCAGUAUGGACCACAAGAAUCUGUUUAUGUAAUUAACAUAGAGUCAGAUACGGCUUAUGACUCCUGUACAUCUUCCUCGGAAAGCACGUCUAAAUCUUCAGCUACAUCAUCUUUGCAGAGCUUUGAAUCUGAUCCUGAGUUGGGACAUGUGAAUUAUAUGGAUGAGGUGGAACAGACGGAGCAUAUGGACCAGAUGUAUGAAAUGGAGGAGGUAGACCAGGUGGAUGAGGGAGAUGAGGAAGACCAGUAUGUUCAAGAGGACGAAGAGGGCCAGAUGUACCAGGUGUUCCAGGAUGAGCAGGAGGACCAGGUGUACCAUCUGUACUAUGACAAGCAAGAUGACCGGGUGUACCAGGUGUACCAAGUAUACCAGGAGGACCAGGUGGACCAGGUGUACCUGGAGGACCAGGAGGACCAGAAGGACCAGGUGUACCAAGUGUACCAGGAGGACCAGGAGGAUCAGGUGGACCAGGUGGACCUAGAGGACCAGGAGGACCAGAAGGACCAGGUGUACCUGGAAGACCAGAAGGACCAGGUGGACCAAGUAUACCAGGAGGACCAGAAGGACCAGGUGGACCUGGAGGACCUGGAGGACCAGGAGGACCCAGAGGACCAGGUGGAUCGGGUGUACCUGGAGGACCUGGAGGACCAGGAGGACCAAGAGGACGAGGUGUACCUGGAGGAUCAGGAGGACCAGGAGGAUCAAGUGUACCUGGAGGACCAGGAGGACCAGGAGGAUCAAGUGUACCUGGAGGACCAGGAGGACCAGGAGGAUCAAGUGUACCUGGAGGACCAGGAGGACCAGGUGUACCUGGAAGACCAGGAGGACCAGGUGGACCAGGAGGAUCAGGAGGACCAGGUGGACCAGGUGGACCUGGAAGACCAGGAGGACCAGGUGGACCAGGAGGACCAAGAGGAGCAGGAGGACCAGGUGGUGCAGGAGCCCCUCCUGUCCUCCAGCAUGGCUGCUGACAUCAGUGACGAGCUGCCGCCGGCAAUCGUAUCCUACCUCGAGAGACGAGAGAUGGAGCUGAUGAAGAAGUUCAGGGAGCAGCUGGAGGAGGAGAGUCAGAUGCUGCAGGCUGACAUCAAAACCCAGAGGGACGCACUGGAAAUCUUGAAGGAGCAGCUUCAGGCCAUGCAGGAUUCCAUGCUUCAGGCGUCCUCCUUGCGCCACGUCCGUAGCCCUGAGCUCCAGUCUUUGGAGCCAGCGGCCAAGAAACAACGCAUCGAGCCAGUGGAGAGUUCUUUCUGGGAUCUCAAGGAGGACAUGUAUUGUUGUGGUCCGUGUUCAUCUGAGUCUUUCCAGUUCCCGGAGGAGCUUGAGGAGCCCUGUGACCUCUCUACCCAGCUGCUCUUCCCGGAGGAGGACAAGUACCUGCAGCAGGAGGAACAGCAGGUGGAGGACGAGAGGCUGCAGGAGCAGCCCCAGAAGCCUGAUUUCAUUGUGGACAACCAGACGCUGCAGAUAUGCCUGCCCGGCCAGACUGGCCUUUCUCUGGCCAUGUUUGAAGACACACUGGUGUUUAUGCAGAACCAGCCCCCCGUUGUUGCUGCCCCUUUACCAACUGAUGAAAACAUCGCGGGCCAGGAAAACCGGAGUCCUGGUUUCCUUCCUGAGGACCAGCUGGGGCCCAGCCCGAGUCCACAGCCACUGUUGCCACACAGCCCCAGUUCAGAGACUCUCUCUUCUACCAGUUUUCCUCAGUCUCCCCCAAGUUCCGAAUCCACCUUAACCACCGUGGAGACCCCCGAGGAUGACACCCAACUGUGGCAAGAGCCCCAAGAGCUGCAGCAUCACCUGUACCUCCGAGGGAGCGCUUGGCCCUCCGGAGAGGAAGCCACCUGGCAGGACCACAUCACCUGGGCCCAGCAGGUGCCCACGCCUGAGGCAGACGUCCAGAGCUCUCUGGAUGGAGACACUGUCCAAGAACAAAUCAGCUGCCUCAUGUCUGUCGAGCAGGCCGACUUGGACGAGUAGCCGCACCAGCUGUGCUUUCACAUCCAGCCUGGAGAGCAGAGGGGGAGGCGGGCUGAGGAGGCCCGCUUGGCCAGGGCUCACAGAGCUCCCUGGAGGCAGGGGUAGGGGGUGGGGUGGGUCCUUAUUUCCUU